AUGGCGCGUCCAAGAAAGGACGUCAAGUUUCAGCACCAAGUGCGCAGUGCCAGCAACGGGAGGGCCCGACGACCCUCGCAGAGCAUGUCAGAAUUCAGCGAUCCCGGGAGUCCCACCAUCAAAGAGGAAGCCGCGCCUCCGCUCAUCGAGGAACAGCCCCAGAGCGAGUACGAAAAGAAAAAGGCAAACUUUAUAACGCGCACAAUAUGGACCCUCGUCAUGAUCGGAGGUUUCUUCUGGGCCCUAGGCGCCGGUCACGUCUUCAUAAUGAUUGCUGUUACCGCCGUCCAGGUCAUCUCCUUCAAGGAGGUCAUUGCCAUUGCAAACGUGCCCAGCAAGGCCCGUAGCUUGCGCUUCACAAAGUCGCUCAACUGGUAUUUUCUGGGCAUCGCCAUGUACUUCCUGUACGGCGAGAGUGUCAUUUACUACUUCAAGCACAUCCUCAUGGUCGACCGCCUGUUGCUUCCCCUGGCUACCCACCAUCGCUUCAUUUCCUUUAUGCUCUACAUUAUCGGCUUCGUCUUCUUCGUCUUCUCGCUGCAAAAGGGUCACUACAAGUUCCAAUUUACCCAAUUCGCCUGGACCCACAUGGCUCUCUUUCUCAUUGUUGGACAGGCACACUUUGUCAUCAACAACAUCUUCGAGGGCUUCAUCUGGUUCAUUCUGCCCGUCUCCAUGGUGGUGACGAAUGAUAUUUUCGCCUAUCUCUGUGGUAUAACGUUUGGUCGCACGCCUCUAAUCCAGAUUUCACCCAAGAAGACAUGGGAGGGCUUUCUAGGUGCCUGGUUCUUCACUGUUCUCUGGGGUAUCGCAAUUACCCACUUCCUGGCACAGUACAAGUACUUCAUCUGCCCGGUCAAUGAUCUGGGCGCAAACAUUUGGUCAGGCUUGGAGUGCCGGCCAAACCCCGUUUUUGUCGCCCGCGACUACUCGAUUCCUUUUCUCCCUGAAGGCCUGCCGAUACCGCGUACGUUUAACAUCAUGCCUGUCCAGUUUCACGUCAUCAUGCUCGGAACUUUUGCCUCUCUCAUCGCACCCUUUGGUGGCUUUUUCGCGUCUGGACUCAAGCGCACCUUCAAGAUCAAAGACUUUGGUGACUCGAUCCCAGGGCACGGCGGCAUGACAGACCGCAUGGACUGCCAAUUCAUAAUGGGGUCCAUUGCAUUCUUCUAUUAUUCGAGCUUCAUUGCCGUCCACCACACCACGGUCGGUGGCGUGAUUGAAGCAGCCAUUACCGGACUCACGUACGAAGAGCAGAUGGAGGUCGUCAAGAUCAUGAGCAAGCACUUGGUGAACCAGGACAUAAUAUCACCCAAGGUGCUCGAACUCUUGUCUGAACAGAUGGUGAGGAGAUGAUCGGUUGGUAUUUCACAUUUAAAGGGCUUUUGUGGCUUUAUAGGGUUUGGGAAACAACGCUACGCUGGACGCGGUUUCGAUGUAAUAGGGUCCGGGAAGGUGCAUGUCAUGCAUGGGUGGGAUUUGGUCUUGCAGGCGUAUAUACCCUUUUUGCCAUCAGCUACGGGACUGAGGAAAACACUCGGCCAGUGCAUAUUUGCAUUUUAGUAUUAAUCCAAACUCAAGAUAA